GCUCAGCCUCAGCAGAGACAGCAGCCGGCCAGUGACGACGGUUGUGGUGUCGCACGACACGUCCUUCCUGGACAAGGUGUGCACGCACGUCAUCAACGUCAAGCAAAGGAAGCCGGAGCCUCGCAUCGAUGCAAAGUUUUGUGUCGCAGGUGUGCGCUGGAAGUAUUCGGAGUGGGCGUUGAAGACAUACAAGGGCAACAUCACCGACUUCGUGCGACGCUGCCCCGAAGCCAAGUCGUACCUGAGCCUGACAAACGACAAGCAACGCUUCGUUCUGCCAGAGCCAGGAAUGUUAGAGGGAGUGAAGUCCAAGGGCAAGAAGCUGCUGAAAAUGCAUAAUGUGACUUACACAUAUCCUGGCAACCAGACGCCGACCCUCUUUAACGUCAGCAUUGAGGUGUCUCUUCUAAGUCGCGUGGCUGUGAUUGGGCCCAACGGCGCGGGGAAGUCCACCAUGAUCAAGGCCUUGGUCGGCGAGCUGCCAGUCGCGGGAAAGAGCAUCGUAUGGAAACAUCCGAAUGUGCGAAUAUCCUACGUUGCCCAGCAUGCUUUCCAUCACGUCGAGCAGCAUUUGGACAUUACCCCAACACAGUAUUUGCUGUGGCGGUUUGCUGGUGGCGAAGAUCGUGAAGCACUCAACUAUCGAUCGGAGGAAGUCAGUGGCGAGAAGAAGAAAUACUGGCUGAACGAAGCUGGCGUCCUCUGCAAGUGUACCAACGCCAAGGAGGAAGCCAAGGCCGUGAACCCGGAGUUGAUCCUCGGAAGGAAGAAGUCGAAGUCGAAGGCGAACUCAGGCGACGAGAAAUACGAGUACUCUGUCAAGUGGCACGGCUUCAGUUCCGAAAGCAACAUGUGGGUCCCUCGCGAGAUCUUGCUGGAGAUGGGCCACUUGCGUCUCAUCCAGCGCGAGGAUGAGAGGCAGGCAGCUGCACACGGCCUCGUCUCACGGCCCCUGACGCAACCGCAGGUGGAGGAGCAUCUAGCCGGCUUCGGCCUGGACUCGAACCUGGCAUCCCACACAAGGCUGGGGAUCUUGUCUGGCGGUCAAAAGGUGAAGGUCGUUCUUGGAGCAGCCAUGUGGCUAUCCCCACACAUACUGAUCCUCGACGAGCCGACGAACUAUCUUGACCGUGAUUCCCUUGGAGCCCUUGCCGCAGGCCUCAAGGAGUUUGGGGGUGGCGUCAUCGUCAUCUCUCACAAUCGAGAAUUCUGCUACGCAGUUUGUGACGAGAGAUGGCUCAUGGAUGCCGGGCGACUCACUAGAGAAGGACAGCUCAGCAAAGCGGACGUGGCGUUGGAAGGAAAAACCAUAGCGGACGAGUACACAGACGAGUUCGGCAAUGUUCACAAGAUCAAGAAGCAGAACCACACCGAGAAGGAGAGACUGAUGUGA